CUUUGUGUGAUGGGUUGGCCUUGGUUGUUGCAUUCUUGCCCUUGGAGGAAGGUGAGGGGGCGUUGGGCGUCGCGAGAUUGACGAGGCCGUUGAUCAAGGCAGUACUUGCUACGAUCCAGAGCCAGAUGGGCAGAUAGCCCUGAGAUGUCGGUGGCAGGAUGGACGAGAUCAUGUUGGACGCCAUUGUAUUGGUGAGGUGAGAGUCAAGAAAGAGCUUCGAUUGAUGGUCCGAGCGGCAAAGCAACGAGGCGGAGGCGGAGACGAGACGGCGGACCGGAACUGGCAGUCCAUCGAGCUCGGCGGCUCAAAACUUUUGGCGGCUGCUGCUGCUUCGGAAGGAGGUUGGGCCUCAUCUUCCUCGUCCUCUCCACCAUCCAGCGCAAUGCCACCAAAAGCGGCAACGACUCGUCCGCGCAAAAGGAGAAGGGCAAGGAAAGCUCGCACAGCUGCUGCUGCUGAAAGUGACUCUUCGUCCAGCAGCAGUAGCAGCAGCAGCAGCUCUUCGAGCUCAGAUUCCUCAGACGAUGAAGAGGACACGAAGAAAGCAGCGGCAGGGUCGGCUGCCGCCGUACGCAGGGCUAAGCUGGCUGCCCUCAAUAGCGGCUCUUCCUCCUCGUCAUCCUCGUCAUCCUCAUCAAGUGACAGCUCAGAUGACGAAAACCAUCAAGCCACCCUUUCGGCAGUUGCAUCGUCGUCUCGCCCAAGACGCGCAGCUUCCCCCUCUACGCUCGAUGGUCGAUCGGACGCCGUCGAGCUCGACAGAUCGCUGCGUUCUUCUCUGCAUGACGAUCCGCAUCUGGGAGUCCUCUCGAGCAGGAGCAACGUACAAGCCUUGGCGUCUUCUUCGUCAAACCCUUUGCCUGCGCGCAUCACGCAGGAGGCAGCCAGGAGACGCAAGGAGCGUCGUGCUGCGAAAGUGCCUUUGAGGGGUGGGGACAUCGUUGGGGCUUCUGAUAGAGAGCAGCGAGACGGAGCGAGGGUAGGCGAUGCAGAGGAGCAAGAUGAUCAGGAGGAGCAGCAAUACCGCCGUCGCACUCGCGAGGCCUUCGGACAGCUCUGGCUCGAGGCCAUGACGAGCGAGUUUGGUGAUGAGCUGGACGCGUUGAGACGGGUGAGUGGACGCUGAACCUCGCUUCAAGUUGAGACCCUCCUGCUGACUUGCUUGCCCUUUAAUCAUGCAGCGCGAGCCCAAUCUUACUCUCCCUGGUCCAGAUUCAAGGUUGCCAUUGCUCAUCGAUGCCCUCUCAGCGGGGGCGGAGACGUUUGCGUCUGGUCCUCGCAAGGCAACAAGGACUGAGCUCGAUGACGACGAAGGAGACGAGGCGGACGAGGUCGGGUUGGUGAUGAGGAGAAGGAACAAAGAGGAG